GCAGGCAGAAGACAGUGCCAAGGUGGCACGGGGCUGGCCAUGUGCCUGGUCUGUGGUGGUGUUUGCAGCAUGCCAGACACCACGAGGUGUUACUCGGAGGACCCAGACCCCCGACAGAGCAUCUUGAAGGCUUUGGAAGCCAACUCCUGACCUGGAAGCAGCCAGAAUCUGGGUACCCCCAACCAACCCCCGCCCUGGACUCAGAGCCCCACCACCACCGGUGAGUCUUGGCUCUGCUUAUAGCAUCUGACGCCAGAGGGGCUGAAAAUAGCCCCUGGAGGAGGGUGGGGGAGAAGGGGUCUAUUUAAAGGGCUCUGGAGGAGCAGGGCAUAGCAGAGGGAGCAAGAAAGAAUCAUGGCCACUUCAGAGCUGAGCUGCCGAGUGUCUGAGGAGAACCAGGAACGCAGGGAAGCCUUCUGGGCUGAGUGGAAAGACCUGACUCUGUCUACCCGGCCGGAAGAGGGAUGCUCCCUGCAUGAGGAGGAUACACAGAGGCAUGAGACCUACCAUCGGCAGGGACAGUGUCAGGCUGUGGUACAGCGCUCGCCCUGGCUGGUGAUGCGCCUGGGUAUCCUCGGCCGUGGGCUGCAGGAAUACCAGCUGCCGUACCAGCGGGUGCUGCCCCUACCCAUCUUCACCCCCACCAAGGUGGGAGCCGCCAAAGAGGAACGCGAGGAGAUCCCCAUCCAGUUGCGGGAGCUGCUGGCCCUGGAGACAGCCCUGGGCGGCCAGUGCGCGGAGCGCCAGGACGUGGCCGAAAUCACCAAGCAGCUCCCCCCUGUGGUGCCAGUCAGCAAACCUGGGCCCCUGCGGCGUACCCUGUCUCGAUCCAUGUCUCAGGAAGCUCAGAGAGGCUGAGAGGGGACUGUGACUCGGGCUCCACUGUGUCUGUCUUGGGCUGGGCACUUCCUGGCUAGGACGAUGGAGGAGAACUGCUGGCCAUGGCUGCUUUGUAGUUUGCCCAGAGGUGGGGGCUAUGGGAGGAGGGAGCCAGAGGCCAGGAUGCCUAGGUGUCCUGAGUUCCCACAGGGAGGGGAGCGAGGAUGUGGGCACUAGGGGUGAAGAGCUGAGCACGCUCAGCCCCAGAAGAAGGGACAAGAGAUACUGGGGAGAGCGAGAGUGAGAGGCCCCUAGAAAUGGCCUGUUCAGUGACAGAGCUGGAGUAGAAGGAUGUGGAUGGUUCUGGGAAGGUGGCUUGGAGACUGGAAGGAGGGGAUGUGAAGAGGGGAUGUGAAGCCGGGCAGGCCCUCAGCUCCCUCUCUUAGCACUGCAAUAAAUGCUCAGCCAUGUCCCAGG